GCACGUUGUAGAUCUCCUGUCAUGUUCAUGUCAUGGUCAUGUAAUACAAUUUUUAAGGUGUGCGGUUGUUUUGUUUUUGAUGUUGACUGUUUUGCUUUAACAAAGUGACUGCUAAAAUUCUUAGCAAACUGGUAGCUGCAAACGUUUCGUUUUUGUACGUUUAGUAGGUUAACUAAAACAUCUAAAAGACUAUCGUUCUUCUUAGUGAUUAUAAAUAGAACAGAUAUGUAAAACGGUCAACUGUUUUUGAAUUGUUAUAUUAUUAUGAAGAAUUUCUUCAUAGAUGUUUUAUGUUUAUUAUGCUAUAUACAUCGCAAAAAUUUUUAAUUGAGUUUAUUAAUUUAGUGAAUGCUAUAGAUUAUCUAGAUUAUCCAGCUAUGUAAAUUUUCUAUACACAUAAGUACCUCUAUACGUCAAAGUAUUUCAUGUUUCCCUAUGUUCGGGGAGCUAAGUGUAGGUGUUUGACUUAUCCUUUGAAAGUUAAGUUAAUAAUUAAUAACAAUUCUAUUGUGUUGCUCCAGUGUUGCGAGUAAGUGCUUUUUAUAAAAGAGAUGCAAAAAAGUCGAGUGCACCUUUGAAAUGGAAAAGCUGAAUACGGAGCUUAUUCCCCUUUCAUCUGAUGAGUGUGGUCAAAGCGGAGGUGAGGCUGACAGUGACGAAGACGUCAUCACCAACUACCACCACCUCCAUCAACAUCAUCACGUUGCUGCCGGCCUCGAGAUGUUACCCAGGCCGGUGCCGUUACCCACCAUCAGCGUCACCCCCCAUUCUCCAGCAAAUAAAACUUACCCCGUACUCGAAGACAGCCUCCAACAGGUCCGGGAGUUACAUGAAAGUGUUCAGCGGAUGAGAAAUGCCACCAUUCAGGGUAAUUCGUACAUUCAUUCAUCUAAAGACUUUGCUGCAUUCGCUUUGAAUCCAUUGCUAGCUCAAGUAGCGAGACUAAGCUCUAGCUGUCCUACAUUAAACGAACCUGUGACUGAGUCUGAUGCGGUGGGAGAAUCGCUGGGAUCGUCACCUGUACAUCAGCCCUUAAGCCGUAAGGGAAGCGGGGCUCAAGAUUGGCUUCUUGGAAGAGAUUUGGAAUUGCAUUCACAACGAAGAAGAUCAUGGACCGCUUUAGACGAUCUUUCCCGUAUAAAAGACAAGAGAAAGAAUCCGCGACAGAGGAGUAUUUCGUUAAGCAGUAUGGAAUCAGAGGCAGACGAAUCAUCUUUAUUAGAUAAUGUGGACGGUAGUACAGCUAGACUGUUGGGGGCAGAUCCUGUAAUAGUAGUAAGACGGGGGCAUAGAGGCUCGGGGGGUGGAGCUAGCACUCACUCUUUAAACGAAGCUGAUUUACAGAACGACUUUAACAAACUCAAAGCAAAGCGAGAUGCAGAACAAUCUCAACUGUUACCUGCUCGUUUGCCUCUUCAGAAAUCUGUGUCGACCCCUUCUAUUAUAGCGGUACGCGAAUUAGCAACUGAAGCCAAUCUUGUUGGUGCGCAACCCACAAUACCCGUGAGCCGUCCGAGUGGGACGGAGAGCGAGACGGAAGAAGAAGGAGGCAGCAGGUCCGGACUUCCCCGAUUCGAUUCGCACUCUAUAGCACACUUGCACCAUGUUCCGUACGAUCACUCUGAAAAAAGACGAAAAAGGGGCAGUUUGUUUUUCAGAAAGAAAAAGGAUAAAUCAAAGAAGUUCACCCACCAGUGGUUGGCAGCUAGUUUUGUUUCUUCCAAUAUCUGUGAUUUUUGUAACAAACCUUUGAGCAAUAAGCCUGCUCUUUACUGUGAAAAUUGCGGAACCACAGUUCACCAAAAUAGUUGCAAGGACAAUACUCCAGACUGCAUUAAAUCGAAAAAUUCAAAGAAUUCUGCAAAAAUUCCUCCAUUUGCCGUACCCCUACCGAACGCUAAAAUAAUCGUCAAAAGAGGAUCAGGUUCAUUUUCAGGACAAAGUAACUCAAAUUCGUCCAAUCAUCAAAUACUGGGAGAGGACAAGGAUGGAGAUUUACAUGGUCACCAUGACAGUACAAACUUUCCUGAUGAUGUUCCUUUGGUGCCAUUGGAGUUUUUGUCAGACGCUCCUUUAACGGCUGCUGAGUUGUCUUUCGAUUUAAGUUUAGGAUUACACGAGAACGAACCAGAUUCGUGGACACCGUAUGUCGGUAAAGAAUUGGCAAAAAAAUUGAAAGAAAAAGAGGUCAAAAGACAAGAACACAUCUACGAGUUUAUAUUGACUGAAAAGCAUCAUUGUAUGACUCUUCUGGUUAUGCAAAAGAUUUUUGUGGAGGGGUUGCAAAAAUAUUUUACUUUGGGUGCGAAUUUGGAACGAAUGUUUCCACGUCUUCUAGAUCUUACUGAAUUACAUUUAGAAUUAUUGUCAAAAUUGCGCCAACGUCAACGAGAGGCACCAGUAGUUCCGACAAUUGCUGAUAUACUUUUGGAUCAAUUUUCGUCACAAAAUGCAUCUAAAUUGAAAUCAGCAUAUGGCGAGUUUUGUAGUCGACAUCGUGAUGCUGUAGAGAUUUACAAAUAUUACUUCCAAAACGAUUCACGAUUCGGUCAAUUUGUUCGUCACUGUCAAAAUAAUCCUUUACUCAAAAAGAAAGGAAUCCCUGAAUGUAUAUUAUUUGUCACACAACGUCUUACUAAAUAUCCACUUUUGAUCGAACCUCUUAUAAAAACAAGUAAAGAAAAUAGGCAAGAACAGGAAAUUCUACAAAAGGUACUUGCUCUUGUUAAAGAAAUUCUAGUUGAGGUAGAUUCACAAGUAGCUGAGAAAGAAAAGGAAGACAGAAAGUUAGAGAUAUAUAAUAGAAUUGAUGCGAAAUCGUAUACGAUUCAUCGAGGACGGAAAUUUAAGAAAUCAGAUAUUUUACAAGGCAAUAGAUCAUUAAAAUUCGAAGGCGUAGCUAUGUUGAUGCAGGGCCGGAGUAAGAUGCAAGUUGUGCUCGUUAUAGUACUCACAGAUGUCUUGUUCUUUUUACAAGAAAGUUCUCAUAAUAAAUAUACGUUUUUUACUCCUGAAAGUAAGGCUGGUGUAAUUUCGUUACAAAAACUAUUAGUGAGAGAAAAGGCUGGUCAAGAAUCUCGUGGCAUUUAUUUAAUCUCGUCAAAUCCUGCAGAUCCUGAAAUGUUUGAACUGAAAGUUCAUAAACCAAAAGAUAAGCAGGUGUGGAUACAAGCAAUCAGGAAUGCAGUUCAAAAUUGUCCAGAAGAGGACGAAGACUCUCUUUUAUUAUCAACCGAAGAGAAACAAGCACAACUUAAUGCGAAACAAAAUCAAAUCAAACAUCUAAUUGACUCAGACACGGAUAUUGAAGGUCUCCUAAGGCAGAAAGACAUAGAACAAGCUCUUUUGUUGGAAGAGAAAAUGUCACUUCAGUUGAAGUUAUUAGCUUCAGCUGGUCUUGAGCCUCCUUCACCACCUUCUUAUCGACACUUGGUAGGAGAGAAUGUAGAUACUGGCCAAGUGUGGAAGGAAGUAUUGACAGCAGUACAGGAAGUUAGUCAUCUUGCUAGUUCAUUGUAUACAACUGGAACGAAUCUUUCUCGGAGUGUGAGUUCUGCAGGUGAACAUCAAAGUGAGACGUAUGUGUCACCUGUAUUGCCAAAAAGAGCAGAAACUUUUGGAGGAUUUGAUAAUUCGCAGCCUCCCAAUAAGCUGCUAAAUAAGAAGUUGCAAUCGUCAGGUGGAAAUUCCGCAUGUACUCCAGAAGUGGAACCGUUAAAGCCGGGAGAUAGUCGACUUUUUGAUAAAUUGCCCUGGCGGCACUGUCAAAUAUCUGGAACUUCGUCUCUUACCAGCGAAAUUACUCCAACUGAUGGCCAGCAUUUAGCACAUCCUGAUGUACCGACACUUCUUACUUUAGGAAAAGAACAACAAUACGCUGCCGUACAACUUUCACACUAUGUUUAUACUUUGUUGUGCAUUAUUUCACAGCUGAUGACUACUAAUGAUAGUUUGCAAGCUCAAUUGGCAGCCCUUAAAGGAGAAGGAGGUAAAUACAAACACAAUCAGCAGCUGGAAGAAUUGAGGAAUUUACAAGAUAAGUUAAGUGUAGAAAAAGCAGCUUGGGCAGCAGCACGUGAAACAGAAGCAAAAGAAUUGGAAGAAAAACGACAGGAACUAUUAAAAGUUCAAGAACAAAUCAAAGCCGAACAGUCUGAUAUUACACAACAAAGAGAGCAACUGUACAGGAAGAUGGAGAUUCUUACAAGUCAGGGUUUGCUAAUAUCGCCCAAUGUAGCGAUUCCAGUAACAACUAAAGACACAGACCAUUGUUAUGGGAGUGGGAUACCUCUAAAUGAAGAUAGCAGCAAUCAGAGUUCAGAAGAAACAAGUCCGUCUCAAUCAGAUGGCUCGCCACUAGUCAGUUCUUGUUCUAGCAGCAAUAACGUCUAUGCUACUGGUACAGAGAGGCGAAAAGACUCGAAAUGGAACAAAAGCUCUUCAAAGUCGCAGUUGCCCCAACAUUUAAUAAGUGCCACAAAUCAACAGAAGGUCACUCAGGGCAUUGCGAUUAAACAGCAAUUGCCCUUAAAACUAGCCACCAGGUUAAGUAGCGGUGGAUCUAAUACAACAUCUACCCCGCAACCGCUAAAUAAUAACGGUGCUCCUCAGCAGAUGCUUCCACUAAAAUUGAGUCAGGACGAAAAAGUUAGAAGGACUAGCACUUCUGGAUAUCAGAGACUUGGUUCCGGAAGCAGAAGUCCUACAUCAGGGUCUGGAGAUUCGACUCCUACUACGCCACAUUCACAUAGUCGAACGGGCUCGAGCCCGGCUAUGAUGCAAGGAGGUGCAGUGCCGAGCGGCUCGGCCACUCUUCCAACGAAUCACCAACAGCAACACUACGUCCAGCAGCAGGCCACUGUGGGCGUCAUGGGCAUGGUAAGUAAUAAUAACAAUAAAGCGUCGCGGACGCACACGUAUCCUAAAUUGCCCGACAAGUUUAAAGUGCGAAAUGAUACUCAGUCGCACCCCCACCACCAUCACUCUCAACAUCAUCAUCAUCCACACCAUCAUCAACAGCAGGUACAACAGCAACAGCAUCCGCAACAGCAGCAACAACAACAAACUGACGAAAAGGUCAUAUACUUUUGACAGUUAGAUAGGUGUCAUAUUAUUAUCAUAAUCGUAAUAAUUAUUAUAGUUGUAAUCGUCGUACGAUGUUACGAGUGUACGAAAGAGUGUAAUAUUGCCCAGGUCUUUGCUACUAUAAGCGAGAAUGUGAUCGAGAGAAAGGAAAACAUUUAACUUAUUAUUACGAUUGCAAAAGGUAUUGAUAAUGCUAAAGAGGAAGUAUUGUUUGUUAUAAGAGUAGCAGUAUUUGGUUAAAAACAUUGUUGUUUUAAAAACAUUUCUAGCACGAAUUGAAGGCAGCAGUAAGAUGUUACACAUGAAAAAAUCUUGUUAAUAUAUUUUUAACCAAGUGCUGCUAAUUAUACAGUUUUAUAGCAUGAAGACUUAAUUUUUAUUAGCAUCUAAUGAAUCGGCAGCUGAAUGUGCAUAUGUCGAAAAUGAUUUUUUUAAUUACUUAAUUUUGUUUCCUGAGAAACGUAAGAAUAUGUGAAAGUACGAAUGAGUUUUAAUAAGCUGUGAUUGCACUCUCUAUUGUAGUUCGGCCCUUGUCUAUUCUAGGUAUCAAGAGGUCUUUUAAUCAGUAUUUUCAAAAGUUUUCUUCGUGAUCGUUCGCCAACUUUCUUAUAAAUGAAAUAUCCGUCCAGUCUGUGCAAUACUGGUAAAUUAUGUAUAACGUAAAAUGUUUGAAAAUAUUUAUUUUAAAUAUACUAAUCUACUAUUAAAACGAAAAAAUCUCAUUCAGUUAUA